AUGGCAAUGAAACUCACCCGCUUCUUCAACGAUAUGGCCGGCCUGGAGAAGACCCUGCGUCUGAUCCAGGCCGUGGCCCAGAUCGCCGCCGUCUUUACCGUGGGCAGCACCGCUGUGCGCCUGACGACCGCCAAAUUGCAAUUGGCUCUCACCCGGCGAUUCUUUCGCUUCUUUAGCUUUGUAGGCGCCUUCGAGCGCGUCUUUACCCUCCUGAUUCAUGGCGGCUUGAGCUCGACGGCCGGAACGAUCGAUAUGGCUAAGUGGACCGCUUUUGGAUUUUACUUCAUUUUGGAGGAUACUACUAUUCUUCAUGCCCUGGGCGUGUGGCAGGUGCCCUGGGAAGAACGGAUGAUGCGGCUGCAUGCUCUCUAUACCGCGAGCCAGGAGGGUCCAGCUGAGCCUAACCGGGAGAAAGAGAAGACUGAAGGAAAGCUGGAUGAGAAGGAGGGAGAGCAGACUCAGGAGGCUCCCGCUCCCAAGGUUAAUACCUCGGCUGUAUGGCAGCAGGUUGUGGGUGAAAGCUGCGACAUUCUCCUUCCUCUCGAGCUGUUGAACUGGAUGCCCACGGGUGAUCUGGUCAUCGGGGUGACCAUGGUGGUGAGCACGCUUUUGAGUAUUCGGAGUGUCUGGGCUCGCGUUUGA